ACAGCUGAGAGUGGACGAAAGCGGGGGACCGCGGGACAGACUGACUGUUUCCACGCGCGAGCGAGAAAGGGAGAUGAGUGAUCGGGGACGGCGUUUCAUUCGUUAGCGCCUGCACGCGAGCCGGCCCGCCGCCCGCAUCUCCGCCCGGGCCAGUGUAGAAAAUGCACAUGAGCGGGAGUGAUAUUUAGCAGCCUAUUACGUCGCAUCCCUAUCCGCUUCCUCCUCCCUACACUGACGUCCAUCCGCUGCAAAAGCAAAAGAAAAAAAGAGGGGGAAAAAAAAAGAAAAAAAAAAAGGAAAAAACUUUGAUUAUACUUUUUUUUUAACUGCACAGGGAAGCGUUUUGCCUCUGGCUUAACCGGUAAGCAUUGGAUCCGUCAACCUACUGCGACUCUCCGGUGUACAGCCCGGACCUCUGCCCAAACAUGAUUGCGACGCAGGCAAAGCUGGUCUACCAGCUCAACAAAUAUUACAACGAAAGAUGCCAAACUCGCAAAGCGGCCAUUGCGAAGACCAUCAGGGAGGUUUGCAAAGUGGUGUCAGACGUCCUGAAGGAGGUGGAAGUGCAGGAGCCCCGCUUCAUCAGCUCCCUGAGCGAGAUAGAGGCGCGCUACGAGGGGAUGGAGGUCAUAGCCCCCAACGAGUUCGAGGUGGUGCUUUACCUCAACCAAAUGGGGGUGUUCAACUUUGUAGACGACGGCUCGCUGCCCGGCUGCGCGGUGCUGAAGCUGAGCGACGGCCGCAAAAGGAGCAUGUCUCUCUGGGUGGAGUUCAUCACCGCCUCGGGCUAUCUCUCCGCCAGGAAGAUCCGAUCGAGGUUUCAGACUCUGGUGGCGCAAGCCGUGGACAAAUGCAGCUACCGCGACGUGGUUAAGAUGGUGGCGGACACCAGCGAGGUGAAGCUACGGAUCAGGGAACGGUACGUGGUACAGAUCACGCCCGCGUUCAAGUGCACGGGGAUCUGGCCUCGGAGCGCGGCGCAGUGGCCCAUGCCGCACAUCCCGUGGCCCGGUCCGAACCGGGUGGCCGAAGUCAAAGCCGAGGGGUUCAACCUGCUCUCCAAGGAGUGCUACUCGUUAACGGGGAAACAGAGCUCGGCCGAGAGCGACGCAUGGGUGCUGCAGUUCAGCGAGGCCGAAAACAGGCUGCUGAUGGCGGGCUGCAGGAAGAAGUGUCUGUCCAUUCUCAAGACCCUGCGUGACCGCCACCUGGAGCUGCCGGGCCAGCCCCUCAACAACUACCACAUGAAGACCCUGCUGCUGUACGAGUGCGAGAAGCACCCCAGAGAGACCGACUGGGACGAGUCGUGCCUCGGAGACCGGCUCAACGGGAUCCUGCUGCAGCUCAUCUCCUGUUUGCAGUGUCGCCGAUGCCCCCAUUACUUCUUGCCCAAUCUGGACUUGUUCCAGGGAAAGCCGCACUCGGCCCUGGAAGCUGCUGCAAAGCAGACGUGGAGACUAGCGAGGGAAAUCCUCACCAAUGCUAAAAGUCUGGACAAAUUAUGAACUGGCCUGUUGAAAUGGCGCCGGACAAAAGACAUUUUGGAUAACGCUUUGAAAAGGAGGAGGAAAGAGGAGCGAACUUGUACUCUCCGAGCAAAUGUGAAAGAAAGAAAAAAAAGUGUAAGAAAAAAAUAGAAGAGGCAAGCAAACUACAGCAAAACCUUUUACAAAAUGGAGCAAUUGGGCCUUUGCCAGAAGAAAGUGAAGGUACAUUCUCUGCUAAAUGUAUUUACUCUUUUAGUUUUGUUUUAAAUGUUUUCACAAAGUGAAAAAAAACAACUUUUAUUUAAAUUUAUGCACAGAAUCUUUACGUGAAAGAAUAAAAUGUAGCGUGCCAAGUUCGAAUCUUUUCAUUAUGUGACUAAAAAAAUGAAAUGCUAAUAA